AAUAAGAGAGGGUUCACUGUAUACACACCUACACAACGAAAAGCAUAUGGACAAAGGUUGACGAAGUGCUUAAAGCGAAGUGGGAGAGGGAGAGCACAAUAGCUCACCUCAAACAAGCACUGUAAACUAGUAAACGACAGCUAGAGAAAAUGAGUGAGAUGCAGCUAUUUUCGAACGUCAAAAACUCUCGUCUUGCUCUGUGGGUCAUUUUCGAAACCGAUGAAGUUCGAAAUGCGAUUAUCAAGGAAAUAACUACUUUAUUAUUUGCACUCAAGUAAUAAGUACGAGAAAUUGCAAAUGUUCAAAAUUUCAAUUUACAAUUCGUUAACAAAAGAAAAAUAAAAAUAAACAGGAAAAUGCUGAUCGCUCUAAAGUUCCGGAGAAUUGUUUUAUUAGAAUCGUAUGCAAAGACUUAAUAAUCACUUCAGACUACAGUGUUUGGAAUGGAAUAUUCCGAUUUCCAAAUAAGGUGUGUGUAUCAGUAUGUAUUCUGUGGUUUGGAUGUCACGCACAUUGCGAUACCUUUUAAGUUCGUUGGUUACCUUAGCAACGUUCACAUUUCCACUGUUUAUUAGUGUCCUUAGGUCGAUUUCUUUCAUAAUGGCCGGUCUUAAAAUCGGAAAUGAUACGGAAGAUAUGUUUUACGAAAAUCUUUCCUUGGGAUUAGCAAAAGUGUUGAAUAAUAUUCCAAGAAUAACCAACGUGACGCUCGAGAAACGGCUGCCAUGCGAAAAGGCUCAAGUUACAGCAUGGGAAUCGAGGCACAAUGUUUAUCUUCCGGACGACAUGAAGCGAUUUUAUCUUUCUACGGAUGGAUUCAAUUUUUACUGGAGCUACCAAUAUUCGCCCAACGAUGUAAGACGUGUUGGUCACAUACACUUUCCACAUUUAAUACAAAUAACUUUGGUAAGGGACAACAUUGACACCAUCCUAACCGUUAGUCCAAAUACGACUCUCACAGUUCCACCCAUCAUCCGGCAAUCGAAUUACGUUGAUCUUAGCUCGGGAAACCUCGAUCACCUUAAUCUUAAUUCAAGAAGCAAAAUUUUUGAGCUCAGCACGAUUGCAAACCUGGCCAAGGUGUGUCUUGUGUACGAAACUCCGGAAAGUUCAAGCCCAAAAAUAUUUCUCCUCGAGACAAAUUCGUUACGUUGGCAAUUUCUUGCAGAAUCGUUCACAGAGUACUUGCGAAUGAGCAUUGCUCAUCUGGGGCUACCGUACUGGGAAUUGUGCUUCUCCAGCUGUGGUUUGCCUGCUUGGACUGAGCAACUGUUUCUGCUACUAGCACCGCAUCUUUUAGAGAAAAACGAUAAUCGCAGGCUUAAAAAUAUAGUUUGCAUUAAUGAGAAUCCUCCAUAUAAUGUACUAGAUCCGGCUGUGUUUCGGACAAAGCUUCGCUGCUCGCGUCAGACACAGAAAAUGCGUUUGAAUAAUUAGAUACUUUGUAUACGGGUA